ACGGAGGACCGCCGCUCGUCCGCAGCCCGGGGUUUAGGCGUUGGCACACGGGUGAGAGUCCCUCGCCAUGGCCGGGGCCAAGCCGGGCGUGCACGCCCUUCAGCUCAAACCCGUGUCCGUGCACGACAUGCUGAAGAAGGGGAGCAAGUUCAUCAAAUGGGACGAGGAACCUAACAGUGGUCCACCUACUCUGGUGACUCUCAGAGUAGAUCCAGAUGGAUUCUUCCUCUACUGGACCGGGGGAGCCAACUUGGAGGUGGAGAUUUUGGACAUCAGCACCAUCAGAGACACCAGAACAGGGAAGUUCGCCAAACUACCGAAAGAUGCUAAAGUGCGGGACGUGCUUGGCUUCGGUAAGGGCGAUGGCGUAGAAGGGAAGCUGGUGACCAUCGUUCACGGCAACGACCUGGUCAACGUCUCCUUCCUCAACUUCCAGGCCAUGCAGGAAGACACCGCCAAGAUAUGGACAGAGGAGCUGUUCAAGUUGGCCACAAACAUAUUGUCCCAGAAUGCAUCUCGCAACAUCUUCCUCCUCAAAGCGUACACAAAGUUAAAGCUACAAGUGAAUCAGGAUGGGAAGAUUCCAGUAAAGAAUAUUCUGAAAAUGUUUUCGGACAAGAAGAGGGUGGAGACGGCCCUGGAGCAGUGCAGCUUGGUCAACAACCGGGCGGAGGGAAUAAAGCCAGAUGACUUCACCUGGGAAGCCUUCCAGAAGUUCAUCGACACGCUCUGUCUCCGACCCGAGAUACAAAGCAUCUUCGAGGACAGCGGCUCCAAGAGGAAGCCGUUCAUAUCGCUGGACCAACUGAUGGACUUCAUCAACCGCAAGCAGAGAGACUCCAGGCUGAACGAAGUGCUGUACCCCCCGCUGAAACGAGAGCAGAUCCGCCAGAUCAUGGAGAAAUACGAGACCAACGCCAGCCAGCUGGAGAGAGACCAGAUAAGUCUGCUGGGAUUCAGCCGGUACCUUUGUGGAGAGGAAAACACCAUUGUCCCUCCAGAGAGACUGGACCUGAUAGAUGACAUGAACCAGCCGCUGUCUCACUACUUCAUAAACUCCUCACACAACACGUACCUCACAGUGGGUCAGCUGACCGGUCUGUCGUCGGUGGAGAUGUACAGACAGGUGCUGCUGACGGGGUGUCGCUGCAUCGAGCUUGACUGCUGGAAAGGACGGCCGCAGGACGAGGAGCCCUACAUCACCCAUGGGUUCACCAUGACGACCGAGAUCCCCUUCAAGGAGGUGAUUGAGGCGAUAGCAGAAAGUGCUUUCAAGACCUCCCCCUACCCUCUCAUCCUCUCCUUUGAAAACCACGUGGACUCGGCCAAGCAGCAGGCCAAGAUGGCGGAGUACUGCAGGACCAUCUUCGGCGAUGCCCUGCUCAUAGAGCCGCUUGAGAAAUACCCGCUGGUCCCAGGGCAGCCGCUCCCCACCCCUCAGGAACUGAUGGGGAAGAUUCUGAUCAAGAACAAGAAAAAACACCAUCACCACCGACCGUCGAGUGGAGGCAGCAUACGGCGGAGAGAGCUGGAGGAGCAGUCUCCGCCUAACAACGACUGCCCUUUGAAUGACGGAGACGGGGCCCAGCUUCUGUCCAACGGAGAGGAGAAGUUGGCUGAGAGGAUUGCCAAAGACUCAGAUCCUCGCAAAUCCAUAGGAGGGGAAGGUGAGAGUGAGGAAGAUGAGGAGGACGAGACGGUGGCGGAAUUGAAGAAACCGAACUCUGAUGAGGGCACAGCCAGCAGUGAGGUGAACGCUACAGAGGAGAUGUCAACGCUUGUUAACUACAUAGAACCUGUUAAAUUUAAGAGCUUCGAGGUGGCAACAAAGAGGAAAAAGUACUUUGAGAUGUCGUCCUUUGUGGAAACUAAAGGCAUGGACACGUUGAAGAGUUCCCCGAUUGAGUUUGUCGAAUACAACAAGAACCAGCUUAGUCGGAUCUACCCUAAAGGAACCAGGGUGGACAGCUCCAACUACAUGCCUCAGCUCUUCUGGAACGUCGGCUGCCAGAUGGUGGCGCUGAACUUCCAGACCCUCGAUCUCCCCAUGCAGCUGAACAUGGGGGUGUUUGAGUAUAACGGAGGCAGCGGCUACCUGCUGAAACCUGAGUUUAUGAGACGCACAGACAAGCACUUCGACCCCUUCACCGAGAACAUCGUGGACGGGAUAGUCGCCAACACGGUCAAAAUUAGGGUAAUUUCAGGCCAGUUUCUGACAGACAAAAAAGUGGGUGUGUACGUUGAAGUGGACAUAUUUGGACUGCCCGCUGACACAAAGAGGAAGUACAGAACCCGGACGUCCAAUGGGAACUCUCUAGAUCCUGUCUGGGACGAUGACAUGUUCGUCUUCAAUAAGAUCGUCCUGCCCACUCUUGCAUCUUUGAGGAUAGCUGUGUUUGAAGAGAACGGAAAGUUUAUUGGGCACCGCAUCCUUCCUGUGUCCGUCAUCAGACCAGGCUACCACUACAUUAACUUGAAGAAUGAGCUGAACCAGCCCCUCCUGCUGCCCUCCCUGCUGGUCUACACUGAGGCUCAGGACUACAUUCCUAAUGAACACCAAGAGUACGCAGAGGCGCUGACUAACCCCAUUAAGCAUGUUAGUCUUCUGGACCAGAGAGAGAGACAGCUGGCUGCUCUUAUAGAGGACAACAGUGAGCAUGUCCCAGACCAGCCGAAAGAGGGGGAGACGGAGAAGGAGAGCGAUAUGAUACAGGGGGGGCGACUCCCCUCGCCCUUCCCUAACCUUCCCCCGUCCUCACAAGAGGGGGAAUAUCCCGACAUCAUCAACCCACCUACACCAGGUCAGAAGGAGGACCUCAUAGCCACUGUUCUAUCAGAGCUUCAGGUUCAGUGUACAGAGGAGCUCAGGCAGCAGAAGAACUACACGAAGCUGCUGAAGAAACAGCGCAAAGAGCUGAAAGAGCUGCGCAAGAAACACUUCAAGAAGGUGUGGACCCUCAGUAAGGAGCAGAAGAGUCGGUGUAACCAGCUCCACUCGGACACCCAGAGGAGACGCAGCCAGAUGGAGAAACACCUAAAACGCAGCCUCAAGAAGAACGAGCCCCAGGAGCCAGUCAGGAAGCAGCUGACGGCUCUGGAGCAGGAGCUGCAGAAGCAGACGGUCCAGCUGAGGGAGUGGCAGAUGCAGGAGCUGCUCAAACUACGGCAGGAGCAACACACACUGGAGAGAGAGAGGAGACACACACACCUCCAAGAGGCCUUUCAGAAGCUGAAGGAGACGGCUCAUGACUGCCAAGCUGCUCAGCUGAGGAAGCUCAGGGAGACGUGUGAGAAGGAGAAGAAAGAGCUUCAGAAGAUCUUGGACAGGAAGAGACUGAACAGCAUCAGCGAGGCCAAGAGCCGGGACAAGGAAAAGGCCGAAACGGAAUUGAAUGAAAUCAACAGGAAACAUAUUCAGGACUCCGUCACCUUAAUCCGCAGGUUGGAGGAGGCCCAGACGAGGAGGCUUGACAAGCUCAUUCUGAGACAGAGGGAGGUGCUGCAACAAAUAGACGAGGAGCAUCCAGUGCUCCAGUCCCGGUUGGUGAGGGAUCUGGAGGCAGAGUACCAGAAUCUGCCGGAGGAGAUCUGCCAGUACCUGAAGACCGAACUCCAGAACAAAGGUCUCCGUAGCGACGCCCUUUUCUCCACCUCAUCCAAUCACAGCAGUACCAGCUCUGGCUCAGGACCGCCCUCCAACUGCUCCACGCCCACUUUUCCCUCCACGCCCAAUCGGAGCACUUGGAGCAGGAGCCUGGACAAUAGCACAGCCUCAUUGGCUGACUCUACUUCCUCAUCCAACACUCCUGUCCUAUCAGAGGGAGAGAUGUCUUUUAGUGUAAAUUAGUCCGUGUAAAAAAAAAAAGAAGAUGAAUUCUAAAC